AUGGAGAACUUUGGUGCCACACAAGCUGUUCAGCGAGGACCGCGACCGCUGGAGCGCCGGCGCCUGCCGCGCCUGCUGCGCUUCCUGCUGGACACGCGUCCGGUGACGGCGCCGGCGCUGCGCCGUGCGCUGGGGCCCAGCCUACGCCAGCGGCCACUCCCCCUCAGCGUGCCACCAUCCGAGGACGAACCCGGACCCUCCGGCUACACACCUGACGAAAGGACACCGCUGCUGAACAUCAAUGACAUCUGA